AUGCUUCCACUGCUGCUUUGUGAAUAUUCACAAGCAGACACAGUGCAACAAAAAAAGGGGCAACAACUGCGACAAGUUCUUAUUGGAAGAAAUCCAUUCUGUCCUCAAGAAUCAAAUCAUCAGAGCAGGCUGGGUGAUUCAGCUUCAAAAACAAUGAAACUAAAGUCAUUCGUUGUCACAAUAGCACUUCUCCUUCAAAUUUCCAUUAUAGGAGGGCAGACAUUUUGUAACAGAUCCUUGGUGUCUGAAUGGAAAACCCAGCCAACUGUACAUACAGUGAAAUGGUCACUGAGCCAAGACAUCUGCUCCAGCUUCUUCACAGAAUGUUGGAAUAUUGAGUCAUACCAUGGAAGCAGUACUGCAGACAGCGUGCCUCUGAGAUCAUCCCAGAUUUGUCCUCUGCAACUUCAGCUGGGAGACCUGCUCUUUGUUUCAUCGGAGCCAUCUUUUCAGUCUUAUGGCAUGAACCUGGCAAAUGUUUCCUUGGAAGGAUUUAUUCGAUGCCCUCAACCAAGAGAUGUCCAUCAGCAUCAGCUUCUAUUUGACCAUGGGUUAAGUGGGAUGCAUCAAAUUGCUCCCAAGUGGCUUGGUGUUGGAACACAUUAUUUUGCAGAAGUCCCAAUACGAGGGCCACUUUUAUGUCGUUUUGGACUUCGAUUGAAUGUGACAGUGAAGCCACAUGCUUGUCAGAAGUUUUCAAACUCAAUGUUUUGCUCUGGUCAUGGCAAAUGUUUAAGUCAUAUCUGGGAUGGAACCUAUCGUUGCCACUGCAGUCAUCCCUAUUCUGGACAGUUCUGCCAAGAAAUUGAUAAGUGUUCCAGUAAACCUUGCCACAACAGUGGCAUCUGCAUUAGCAGAAAGAGCCAAAUAGAAGAUGCUGAAGAUUCUUAUGAAUGCAUCUGCCCCCCCUCAUUUACAGGAAGAAACUGUUCAGAAAUAAUUGGGCAGUGUCAGCGACAUUGUUGUGGCAACGGUAACUGUAGCAAUAUUUCUCCAAAUACUUUUAGAUGUCGAUGCGAUAAAACUUCUACAGGUCCAUUUUGCAAAGAUACCGUGAAACCGUGUAGUUCUCAGCCAUGCCAGAAUGAAGCUGUAUGCUACAACAACCCUUCCGGGUACAGUUGUGCCUGUCCUCCCGGAUUCCUUGGGCCCAAUUGUGAAACUGAUAUCAAUGAGUGCUUUUCUCAACCAUGCCAGAAUGGAGGCAUAUGUCACGAUCAGCCAAAUGAUGUGUCAUGUACCUGCUUGCCAACGUUCACAGGUAAAUUCUGUGAAAAGACAGUGACCCUUUGUGAACCUUCCCCCUGCCUAAAUAAUGGCACUUGCAUAGACGAGGUGCAGAGCUACCAUUGCAGCUGCAUGCCAAGCUACACUGGAAGAAACUGUGAGGAAGUAAUUGACUACUGCAGGUUGCUCAGCAUCAGCUGUCUGAAUGAAGGAUUGUGUCUCAAUAUAAUUGGAGGAUUCAGUCUCUGUGUGAAUGGAAGAUGUUUCCAUGAUGAAGACAACCAGAAUUAUCUAUGUGUCUGUGCGCCUGGAUGGACAGGACCUACAUGCCUGGAAAAUAUUAAUGACUGUGAAAUGAGCUGGUGCCAGAAUGGAGCUAUUUGUGAAGAUGGAAUCAAUGAAUUCAGGUGUUUGUGUCCUGCAGGUUAUUCUGGGGCAUUUUGCGAACUUGGCUUAGACAUGUGCCUUCACCACCGUUGCUCAGACCAUGGCUUUUGUGUAGCUAAUCAGAAUAAUUACACCUGCCACUGUGUGCUUGGCUACGAAGGACCAUUGUGUGAAGUGGAAGCUAACGAAUGUUCAAAUUCACCCUGCAAAAAUGGGGCCACCUGUUUGGAUUUAAUUGGCCACUUCUUGUGUCACUGUGCCACCGGCUUCAAAGGCAAGUUUCAGUGUUCAUCUUUUCCUUAG